AAAACCAGAGGUCGCCCAGAACAGCGCGUACAUACCUCCACCUACACUCCUCCAGCCAGCCGUCAAUAUAGUUGUUAAUUUGAAAUAAAUACAUCCACCGGGUGGAGAUACUUGUGCUAACAAAUAAUUCUCAAACUUGGACUUUUUCGUAAAAAUACACUCCGGUGCGGAAUACUGACGCUCAGUGGCAAUUAUCCGGAUACGUUUUACACCCACAGUUGGUAGCAGGGUGGUAUCAAAAUGGGAGCGGGUGACGACAUCGCCCCCCGGUUUACCCAGAAGCCCUCCCUCAAACAGGAAGAUAAUGGCAACAGACUCGUGUUUACGUGCGCCCUCGAGGCAUCCCCCAAACCGGAAAUCAACUGGUUUAGGGGCACAACCCCACUCGAGGAAUCGGACAGGAUUAAAAUGCGUGUAGAAAACCCUGGUGGAAAUACAUACAAUGUGCUGAUGGAUAUAACGGGAGUUACACAAGCUGACGGUGGAUCUUAUAAAGUUGUAGCUAAAAAUAAUUUAGGAGAAAUGUCCGCAUCCAUCAAUUUGAACUUCAAUGCACCAGGGCAAAAUCAACAAGACGGGAUCGCGCCCAACUUUACCCAGAAGCCCGUGAUCCGGCAGGAAGAUGGUGGCAAGCGAAUGUUGUUUGAAUGUCAGCUCACGGCUGACCCCGCGCCUGCCAUACAGUGGUUCCGUGACAGCACAGCACUUGUGGCCAGUGAUCGACUUAAGAUGGACACCAAACAGAAGGGCCCAAAAGAGUACACAAUUACGUUAGAGAUCAGUAAUGUCUCGCCAUCGGACGCAGGCAGCUACAGGGUCACUGCGAAAAAUGCCCUUGGAGAAAGCAAUGCAACCAUUGGCCUCAACUUUGAUGUUGGUGCAGCCAAGGCCCAGGGAAGUCCGCCAGCGUUCGUACAGAAGCCGACCAUUCGUCAGGCCAACAAGAACAUAAUCAUAGAGUGCAAACUCUCAUCAAACCCUGCUCCUCAAAUCACAUGGUUGCUUAACAAUGCCAUGAUUGAGUCUGGGGGCAGACACACGAUUACGCAAAAUGUCGCAGAUAAUGUCUAUGUGCUAGCUUUAGAAAUAGCCAACAUUGGCAUACAAGAUGGCGGGGAAUACAAAGUCCUUGCUAAAAAUGCACGUGGCGAGGCAGUGGCCACGAUCAAUCUAAAUUUGGAAGGUAAAAAGCCCCAGGCUCCAUCAGGCAAGGCCCCACACUUCCUGCAGAAGCCCACAAUCAAGCAGCAGGCCAACCUGCUUGUGAUGACGUGCAUUCUCGAGGCCAAACCUGCCCCGGCAAUAAAGUGGUUCCGUGAGACCCAGGGCCUCACAGACGGAGGCAGGUACAUUAUCAAACUGGAAAAUGACUCCAAGACCCCAGAUGGCUUCAUCGCAACACUACAGAUUAAGGAUCCGAAGCCAGAAGAUGGGGGUGCCUACAAGUGUACGGCCACAAACGAUAGCGGAGAAUCCAACGCCAACAUCACUCUCAACUUCUCUGGAGCCCAGGCGGGCAAGGCAGGUGGGAAGGCCCCCGUUUUUAAGGAGAAGCCGAAGGUGAGCCAGGAGGGUGGUGGCAAGAACCUGGUGAUUGAAUGCAAGUGUACCGCGAGCCCGAAACCAUCGCUCACCUGGUACAAAGACAACCAAUCACUUACAGAGACAAACCGCGUCAAGUCCAGUGUCUCUGGCUCUGGAGAGGAUUACAUCAUCAAGCUUGACAUUCUUAACUUUACAAAGGAGGACGGUGGAGUGUACAAGGUGACAGCCAAGAAUGACAGCGGUGAGGGCACAGCCAACAUCACCAUCAACCUGGAAAGUGCUGCCCCUAAGCCUCAGGAGGUCAAGGAAGACAGCAGCUUGCAGAAGCCGGCCGCACCCACUGGUGACGCUCCGACACUAGUAGACAAACCAAUUGUGAAGUUAGAAAACAAUGGCCAGAUCCUCACAAUCAGAUUUAUCAUCAAGGCAGCGGCCAAGCCGACGGCAACAUGGAUUGCGGCAGGACUGCCUGUGAAGAGUGGGGGAAAGUACUUCCUUAACAUAACGCCAAAUAAGGAUAACAAAGAGGAAUAUGUUGUCUUCCUGGAAGUCAAAUCUCCUAGUGACCGAGACUCGGGUGUGUACAAGACGAACAUCAAGACGCCCCAGGGGGAGGUGACUGGGGAGACCAAGAUCAACAUUAAAGAGUUAUUGUCUGCAGUCAAAGGAGACCCUCCUAAAUUCACCAUGAAACUUGCUCCAAAGAACAUCACCGAGGGAGAGACUGUGGAGCUCAGCGCCAAGGUAACAGGCACCGAGCCCCUGCAAAUUAACUGGAAUAAGGACAAGAAGCCCAUUGAGGGCUCCAACAAUGUAAAGAUAGCCUUCGCCAGGGGUGUGGCAACCCUCAACAUUGCCAAGGCCAGCCCCGGGGACGCGGGCAUGUACUCUGUAGACGCCAAGAACCAGCACGGGUCUGCUUCCUGCUCUGCCACUCUAGGGGUCAAAGAAGCAGCAAAACCAGUGGAGGAAAAAGUGGAGGAGAAGAAGGAGUCGAAACCAGCUGAGUCCAAGAAACCAGCUGAUGCUGCCAAACCCGAGGACAAGAAAGAAGCUGCAAAACCAGUCGAGGAAAAAGUGGAAAAGAAGGAGUCAAAACCAGCUGAGUCCAAGAAACCAGCUGAUGCUGCCAAACCCCAGGACAAGAAAGAAGCAGCAAAACCGGUCGAGGAAAAAGUGGAAAAGAAGGAGUCAAAACCAGCUGAGUCCAAGAAACCAGCUGAUGCUGCCAAACCCCAGGAUAAGAAAGAAGCAGCAAAACCAGUCGAGGAAAAAGUGGAAAAGAAGGAGUCAAAACCAGCUGAGUCCAAGAAACCAGCUGAUGCUGCCAAACCCCAGGACAAGAAAGAGCCAGCACCUAAACCAGAAGAGAAGAAAGCUACUCCUAAGCCCAAAGAAGAACCAAAACAAAAAGUGGAACCAAAAACUAAACAACCAGAAAAGCCUACAGUCAAAAAGGAAGAGCCAAAAGAAACAAAACCAGAACCAAAAGAAACAAAAAAGCCAGAAAAGAAAUCAGAAGAAAAGCCUGAACCAAAGAAAGAUAAGCCAGUGGAGAAGCCAAAGGAACCGUCCCCUGCUCCUCCACAACAGAAGAAGAAGCUGUCAAUUGCUCCCUCUAUCGUGGUAGAUGAUGACACCCCAAAAGUUGUAGGCAAAUCCAAGAAGGCUGACAGCAGGAAGCCAACUCUGUACGCCAAAAAACCAUCCAUCAUUGUUGAAGAAGAUGAUCGUCUUGCUGAUGAUGAAGAAGACUCCCUUCACAAUGGGCUGGUUCCCAGUGGAUCAGAAGAGGAAGUCAAGUCCGAGGAGACAGAUGAGUUAAUUAAGGUUACAACAAUUGAUGUUAUUGAGAAGAAGGAGAAAGGUGAAGGGCGCAAGGUCGGAGUUCACAAGGAGAAGGACAAGGACGUGAAGAUUGAAGGCCCCACGCACAAGAUCAAGGACAAACCGACAAACCAGAGCAUCAUUGAGGGUGAACCGUUAAGGAUGCGCAUUGGUCUAGAGGUGCUGCCUGACAAGCCUUUACCAUCUAUCAAGUUCUUCCGGGCUGGCCGUGAAAUUCGUGAAGACUCGCGUACCAACUAUGGCAUCAAGGACAACCAGGCGCUGCUGCAGGUGAAGAAGACACGGUUCACUGAUGAGGCAAAGUACAUGCUGCAACUAGAACAGGAAGGUGUCGUUGUUGACAAAGUCGUCUGGAGCGUCUUCAUCAAAGAUCCCAAAGACCAAGCUAUGGACUUCAGAUCUCUUCUCAAGCACAGGGAAGGAAAGGGCAAGAAGAAUGAUGACGAGGACAUUGACUGGGGCAUGCUGAAACCAGAUGAGCCGCAAUCGAUGGAGCAGAAGCGGCGAAUGUCGCAGAUCGAGGUUACCAAGAUGGCAUUGAAAAAGGUGGAAAGUGACAGCGAAGAAGAAAGGACUGGUAGUAGAAGACAAUCAGUUGACGAGUCAAAUAAACUUGAAGUCCCGGGUGUAAUCCCCAAAAAGACCCUCUCGGCUGAAAAACUUGACACAAUAGAGGCACAGCAGCAACAACGGCGGGCGUCCAUGCAGGGCAGAAGAAUGUCUCUGGUGGAGGCCAUUCCCGACUGGCCGUCUCUAAAACAUGCAGAGAAAGAGGCGGAGAAACCGGAGAAAUGGAUCAAGGAGCUUAUCGACAUCAAGGUGACAGAGGGCAAAGAGUCUGUAAUGUUUGACGCCAAGUUCUGCAAGCCGGACGCUCCCUUCCGCUGGUACAAGAACAAGCAGGAGAUCUUCCAUGGAGAGAAAUACCACUUAAUUCAAGAUGGCGAGGACUUCAAAUGCGUCGUGAACAACAUCAAGCUGGAGGAUAAUGGCAAAUACAUCCUGGAGUGCGGCAAGGGUCCGCUGAAAACAUCCGCCUGGCUCUAUGUAGAUGAGAAACCCCCGGAGUAUUACUUCACACAGAAGUUGCCUGAGAAGUAUGGCAUCCAGCGCAAGAAAGAAGGCAUGCUCGAGUGCUUCGUGUCAGACAACAAGGCCAAGGUCAGAUGGUACAAGGAUGGGACACUAGUAGAGUAUGAACAGGGUAAGACAGAAAUCCGUCGCCGAGAAAACCGGUGCAUCCUGAGUUUCCCCGAGAUGAGCAAGGAUUACGAGGGUUUCUACGAGUGCAAGAUCACCAUCGGAGAAGCCGUCACCACCUGUAACCUCAAAUGUGAUGAGCCUGAGUGGGAGUUUAUGAAGAAGCUUGAGGAUGUUGAGGGUCAAGAGCGACAGAGGGCCAUCUUCGAGUGUGACGUGUCUGACCCAGAAGCGGAGGUGUCAUGGUUUAGGGACGACAAGGACAGCGGCGUGUGUAAUACGGAGCUCAAACCGGGCGGUAAAUACGAGUUUGUGAAGGACAACUUCAAGCGACGGCUGGCUAUCAAGAACUGUAGCAGUAGGGACGAGGGCAAAUAUGCAUGUAAGAUGCAGAGCAAGGAAACAGCUGCCAGACUUUUCGUGGAACCUGACAUCAAAUUCUUCAAGAAGCUUGAGAACAAGAAGGAGAAGGAGACAGGGACCCUGCAGCUCGACUGUAAGGCCUCCAACCCGAACAACGCCCCUGUUCAGUGGCUCAAAGACGGGGAACCAAUCAACAAAGACGACUCUCGUUUUGAGAUUUCGAAGAAGGGGGAGAUAAUGAAGAUGAUCGUGAAGAACCUUGUGGAGUCUGACGCGGGCGAGUAUACGUGCCAGGUUGGGGAGCGUACCACCAAAUGUAAUGUGCAGAUAGAGGAACUUCCCAAGCCCCCUAAAGUUGACUUCAGUCGUAUUCCAAAGGAAGUCAAGUUAAAGAAGGGAGAAACUCUCAAACUGGAUGUUCCAUUUGUUGGAACACCAAUGCCGACAGUGGACUGGGCACGUGAUGGCCAGGUGUUGUCAGACCGGGACACAGACAUUGAGACAAAGGACAAGUCAACCCACCUGUGUAUCCCGAGUGUUGUUAGGGGUGACACCGGCGAGUACUGCGUCACCCUGGAGAAUGAGGUCGGCACUGAGAAGGUCCCCAUUAAUGUCAUCGUCAUGGACAAGCCAGGCCGGCCAAAGGGUCCCCUUGACAUUGUGGAUGUGUUUGCUGACCGGGCUGCCCUUCUCUGGGACCGACCAGAUGAUGAUGGUGGAACUCCCAUCACUCACUAUGUUGUUGAGAUGAAGGAGGCCGGCAAGGACUGGAAAAAGGUGUGUGACACAGAUGACAUUGAAAUAGAUGUUGCCGACCUGAAGGAAGGCAACAAGUACACAUUCCGUGUUGCCGCUGUCAAUGAGAUGGGACAGAGUGAUUGGCUCGAGGCUGAUGAUGAAAUUCUCGCCAAGGACCCAUGGGAUCCAGCAGACCCACCAGGCGACCCGAAGAUCAUUGACUAUGACAAGGAUUACGCAGAGAUUGAAUGGACCCCACCAGAGAAUGAGAAUGGGGCACCAGUUGAUGCGUAUCUCAUAGAGUAUAGAGAGAAGGGCAAAGGGGAUGAUGACUGGAAGAAGGGUGUAGAGGUACCCGGGGAUCAGGUCAAGGGCACAGUUGAGGAUCUUGUGGAAGGCAAAGAGUACGAGUUCCGUGUAAAGGCCCAUAACAAGGCUGGCCUCUCUGAGCCCAGCAUGGUCUCACCUCCUGUAAAAACCAGGGCCAGGAAAGUCAAGCCCCGAAUCAUGGACAAGAACGAUCUGAAGCCUGUGAGGAUCAAGGUUGGCCAGAGCUUCAGCCUCCCAGUCAACUUCAUUGGAGAACCCGCCCCCGAUGUUGUCUGGUCUGUCAAACUUGUGGAUGAAAAUGGUGAAAUCCUUGAGGAUGGUUCCACAGAGACCUUGUCGAAUGGUGACAACACAGCUAUCUCUGUGGCACCUAAGGACUCAACGAUCACACGUAAGGAAUGUCCCCGGCAGAACACUGGCAUUUACAAGAUCACCGUUGAGAACAAACAUGGGCAGGACUCUGCUGAGGUGGAAGUUGUUGUGCUCGGCCCACCAUCGAAGCCGAAAGGUCCCCUAGAUGUGACAGAUGUGACGAAGAACAGUGCCAAGCUGGGCUGGCAAGCUCCUGAGGAUGACGGAGGUGUUCCAAUUGAUGGUUACCGUGUGGAAAAGAUGGACAUGGAAAAGGGCCGCUGGGAAACUGUGAAGACGACCCGCAAACCAGAGCUGGAGGUGCCCAAACUACUGGAGGGACACAAGUACAAGUUCCGUGUCAUCGCUGAGAGUCCCAACGGUGACUCUGAACCCCUCGAGCUUUCUGAUCCCAUCACAGCAAAGAAUCCAUUCGAUGAGCCAUUCCCACCUGGCCAGCCAUCUGUGAAAGAGCAGGACCGUGACCACAUAACAAUUCGCUGGGAACCACCAGAGAACGAUGGUGGGGCACCUAUCACCGGGUAUGAGGUGGAACGCAAGGAACCCAAGAGUAACCGUUGGGUCAAGGUUUCCAAGUCGCCAGUGAAGAUCCCCGAGUUUGAGGACACGAAGGUGACUGCCAACAAGGAAUACGAGUACCGUGUGACUGCCAUUAAUGAGGCCGGACCAUCUGGUCCAUCCAUGCCCUCCAAAGCCAUCACAGCCAAACCUGCCAAGGAGGCCCCGAAGGUUGACUUGACAUCCCUUUUUGGAGCCAAGGAGGUGCGUGUACGUGCAGGAGAGCCCCUCAAACUUAACCUCGGCAUCACUGGUGCCCCAACUCCUACCGUUACAUGGACCAAGGGAGGCAAACCUGUCAACAGGGCUAUCACAAAGAACUCUGAUGAAGAUGCAAGUCUUGAGAUACCAAAGACAGAGCGCGGAGACAGCGGGAAAUACGUCGUCACCGUGGAGAAUGAGAAUGGUUCUGAUACUGCAGAAAUUCCUGUUAUUGUACUAGACAAGCCUGGAGCCCCUGAAGGCCCACUGCAGGUAAGCGAUGUGAUGGCUGACUCCUGCAAGCUGGCCUGGAAACCUCCAGUUGAGGAUGGCAAUUCUCCUAUUAUGGGUUAUGUGGUAGAGAAGUGUGAGGAAGGUAGUGAUUUCUGGGAGCGUGCCCCGGGCGUGGUGCAGGGCGAGUCCCACAAGAUUACCGGGCUCAAGGAUGGCACCAAGUACAAGUUCCGCGUCAAGGCAGAGAACAUGUAUGGACUGGGUGAUGCGUUGGAGACAGACAAACCUGUCCUGGCAAAGAAUCCAUUCGACACGCCCGAUGCACCUUCUGACCUCGAGAUUGAGUCCUAUGACAAGAGGACAUGUAACCUCAAGUGGAAGAAACCCCUUAGUGACGGAGGAAAUCCCAUUAAAGGCUACGUUGUGGAGAAGAAGGACAAACGUGGUGACUGGACACCAUGUAACAGCUUCCCUAUCAAUGACACUAAGUUUGCAGUGAUGAACCUGCGGGAAGGACAGAUAGUUGAGUUUCGCGUGAAGGCCGUCAACGAUGGGGGUGAGGGUAAACCUAGCAAACCCACCGCUCCACACACCGUCCGCGACCCUGUCUUUGAGGCCGGCGCACCAGGUCAGCCGAAUGUUGAUGAGAUCACAAAGAAGUCUGUGACCCUAUCAUGGGCCAAGCCAAAGGAUGAUGGAGGCAGUAAGAUCCUCGGCUAUGUUAUCGAGAAGAAGAAGAAGGGAGAAGAUGACUGGGGAGAGUGCCUUGAGGUGCCUGAGUACCAGAACCAGGCCACAGUGCCCAACUUGCGUGAAGGUGAUGAGUAUGAAUUCCGCGUACGUGCUGUGAACUCCCUCGGUCCUGGCCAGCCCAGCAAGCCCACAGGCAUAAUCAAGGCUGAGGACCAGCCCUGCAGACCUACCCUUGACCUCUCUGGGGUCAAGGACAUCACUGUUCAAGCAGGUCAGGACAUCAGGAUCCGCAUCCCGUACACCGGCGUACCCAAGCCUAAAGCCACCUGGUCGAACGGGGACAAUGAAAUCGACAACCCUCGCACUACCUGUGUGCUGGAAAAGGAUGAGGCUGUGUUGACAACAAUGAAGGCAGUUCGUGCCGAUACUGGGCGCUACAAGAUCGAGCUGAAGAACCCAUCUGGCACAGGCGUUGGCACUCUAAAUGUCACUGUCCUUGACAAGCCCGGGAAGCCUGAAGGUCCUCUUGAGGCAUCAGACAUCCGUGGCGAGACUCUCACUCUCAACUGGAAAGCACCCAAGGAUGAUGGCGGGGAGCGCGUCAGCAGAUACAUUGUUGAGAAAAAGAAAAAGGGAGAUCCUAAGUGGUCUAAGAUUGGUGGUUUUGUGUCGACUCCAACUGCUGAGGUGCGUAACUUGGAGCCUGGUCAGGAGUAUGAGUUCCGUGUGAUGGCCGAGAACUCAAACGGCGUCAGUGAGCCCAUUGAGACUGAGAACCCAGUCCUUGCCAAACUGCCAUAUGACAAGCCCAGUGCACCAGGCACCCCCAAGUGCAAGACAACAACUGAGGAGAGCAUCACGCUCACCUGGUCCCCACCCAAGAAGGACGGGGGUAACCCCAUCUCAGGUUACGUCCUGGAGAGGAAGGAGAAGGGAGAUAACAAGUGGACUAAGUGCAGUUUUGCAGACAUCCCAGAUACAGAGUUCACCGUCAAGGGUCUUAAGGAGGGCAAGGAGUAUGACUUCCGUGUUGCUGCUGUCAACAAUGCCGGCCCCGGUGACUACAGUGAAACCACUGCACCCAUCAAGGCCCAGCCUCCUCCAAUGGCACCAAAAGUUAGCCCCGAGUUUAUUCCACGGGACAUAGUUGUGAAGCGUGGCAAGCCAUUCAAGAUUGCUGUUCCUUACAAUGGCAAUCCAGUUCCCACAACGGAGUGGUCCAAUAAUGGGCUGUCUGUGAGCGAACAGCCAGGCCGUGUUUCUUUCAUUAACAAGCCAGGAACCGUCACGCUUGACAACAAAAGUGCAGAGAAGGGAGACUCGGGCAAAUACAACCUCAUCAUGCGAAAUGAGCUUGGCUUUGACACUGUCACCCUCAAUGUACAGGUUGUGGAUUCUCCCGGCAAGCCAGAGGGUCCCUUCACCGCCAGUGACGUCACCCCAGAUGGCUGCAUUCUCUCAUGGAAUCCACCCAAGGAGGAUGGUGGAAGCCCCAUUUCAAACUAUGUUGUGGAGCGCCAGGACCAGCGCACAGGCGACUGGGUCACAUGCAGCAAGUUUGUGCGGGGAACCACAUAUGAGGUGCUCAAUCUGUCCGAGGGUCACGAGUACAAAUUCCGUGUGUCAGCUGAGAAUGAGUAUGGUGUAAGCGAGCCCCUGGAAAUGAGGGAAACAGUUGUCGCCCAGCACCCAUGGACUGCCCCUGAUGCCCCGUCAAACCUGAAGGUAGCUGAUGUGGACAGUAACAAUGUGGGCCUGACUUGGGAGAAACCAAAGAACGAUGGUGGGAAGAAGAUCACCGGCUAUGUCGUUGAGUACAAAGAACCAGACGGUGUCCGCUGGAAGACGGCCACUGACUUCCCCUGUCCCAAUCCCGACUUUACUGUUGAUGGCCUGGAGAAGGGUAAAGAGUACGAGUUCCGGGUGCGAGCAAAGAAUGCUGCCGGCCUCAGUGAGCCAUCCAGGACUACUGGCCCAGUCCUUGUCAAACCAAAAUAUACUCAUGCAUAUCCGCCUGGCAUACCAAGUGUCACGAAUGUUGGUCGCACCUUUGCUGAGCUGGAGUGGGACAAACCAACCAAGGACGGUGGUAGCAAGAUUAAGGGUUACAUUAUUGAGAAGAAGCCACGUGACAGUGAUGUGUGGCAGCGCGUGAAUGACGCCUUGGCCAUCGACACCAAAUACCUGGUGCCUGAUCUUGUGGAGAACACUGAUAUGGAGUUCCGCAUUAUCGCUGUCAAUGCUGCCGGUAACAGCCAACCCAGUGCUGCAAGCUCUCCUGUCAAGAUUAAGGAGAAGAUUGUUGGCCAUGGUCCUGAGUUUAUGAAGAAGCUGCAGAACACAAAAGCCCCGGUUGGAGGAGAAGCUGUCUUUUCUGUGACAGUAGAUGGGAAACCAGCACCGGAGAUCACAUGGUACAAGAAUGGAAUACCCCUUGCCAACACGAGCCACUCGCGUAUGAAGCAGAGUGGUGAUGUAUACACACUUACUCUGAACGACGUGACCGAGUCGGACAAGGGGCAGAUAACUGCUGAGAUCAAAAACAGCCUCGGUACCGAGUCCUCCAGCUGUGACUUCAAGGUUCUCAGUCCUCCUCGUAUUGACAAGGAUGUCCGAGACCAGAAUCUGCAGGCUGGAGAGCCAUGGAAACUGAAGCUGCCCCUGUCUGGUGAUGGCCCCUUCGAGGUCAAGGUGAAAAAGGACAACAAAGAUGUUCCAGAGAGUGAUAAUUUCAGAAUUCAGGUCUACGACGACUUCUGCACCAUUAGCUUAAAAGAUGCAAACCUGGAUGACUCUGGGGCUUACAAGAUUGAGGUCAGCAAUGAAAGUGGAUCUGCCGCAUGUGGAUUCAAGAUGAACGUCCAAGGUGUGCCUGGAUCUCCUGUUGGUCCCCUGAAUGUUGCGGAAAUCACAAAGAGCUCAUGCCACCUGUCGUGGAAGCCCCCACGUGUAGAUGGCGGCAGUAAGAUCCAAGGAUACUUGGUGGAGAGGCAGGAGGUCGGCAAACCAUACUGGAGCACUGUUGCAUCAAGAUGCAAGGACACAGCCAUUGACGUUCAAGGCCUGUAUGAGAACAACCAGUAUUUGUUCCGCGUCUCGGCCGUCAAUGACAUCGGCCAGUCAGAACCUCUCACUGCCGAAAACCCAAUCAUUGCCAAGAUGCCCUAUAAUACUCCAAGUUCCCCAGGAAUCCCGGAGGUAGAGGAAGUGGGUGGAGACUUUGUGAGCCUCACCUGGGCCAAGCCCUCAUCCGACGGGGGCGGCAAGAUCACAGGAUACUGGGUGGACAAGCGGGAACAUGGCAAGAAUGACUGGAUUCGCGCCAAUGCUCAACCCUGCAUCACCAACAUCCUCAACAUACCUAACCUGAUCGAGGACCGCAGAUAUGAGUUCCGCGUGUUUGCUGAAAACGGGGCAGGUCUUAGCAAGCCUUCUUCAGCUUCCAACAGCAUCAAGAUCAAGGACCCCAAUGCGGCUGUGGUGCCAGAGUUUACCCAGGGCCUAAGGAAGGCCCAUGCUGUGGAGGGCAAGACUGCCAGGUUUGAAUGUGCUGUCACCGGCACACCCAAACCUGAAAUCUCGUGGUUCAAGGGUAGUCGUGAGAUCUUUGACGGAGAUAAGUACCAGAUAUCGGAGGAGGGGGACACUCUCUCUCUUGUAGUGCGAGAUGUGUUCGGAGAAGACCAGGAUGAGUACCUGGUCAAGGCAACCAAUCAUGGGGGAUCCAAGACCAGCCGAGCAGACUUGGAAAUCAGCUCCCCUCCGAAGAUCAACGUUCCUCAGCGAUUCCGUGAGGUGUCCGCAUAUGAAAAGGGUGAGGAUGUGGUUCUAAAGAUUCCGUUCACGGGCAACCCGAAACCAACUGUGAAAUGGCUGCGUGACAACACAGAGGUGUCCGGCCACCGGUACCAUAUUGACGUUACAGACAGACACACCCUACUCACCAUCAAGUCUGCCACAAAGGACGACACUGGUCCCUGGAGACUACAGCUUGACAACAACCUGGGCACAGACUCCGCCCUUAUCAAGAUACAAAUCAACGACCGCCCUGAUAAACCUCGGUUCCCUGUGGUAGAGAAUGUUCUGUCUGACAGCUGCACACUUUCCUGGAAGGCUCCAUUAGACGAUGGGGGAAGCUACGUCUCUGACUACGUCAUUGAAAAACUUGAACUGCCAUCCUCCUCAUGGGCUAGGGUCGGCACUAACAGGCUGACAGUACAUAAUGUGACUGGACUUACCCCUGGAAACGAGUACCAGUUCCGUGUGAGCGCGGAGAACCUGUACGGGCGCAGUGAGCCAUCUGAGCCCUCAAAGACUGUGAAGACUGAACAGGUCUCUGAAAGAAGGAGGGGCAAGGAUGAUGAAUUUGGUCGCAGACAGAGAGGAAAAUAUGAUGGACCAAAGAUUGCUGACUAUGACAAACUUUACUAUGACCUGUGGAAGAAGUAUGUGCCACAGCCCGUGGAGGUGAAGCAGGAGAGUGUAUAUGACUACUACGAUAUCCUUGAGGAGCUUGGCAGUGGAGCAUUUGGCGUUGUCCACCGGUGCGUGGAGAAGUCUACAGGGCGUGUGUUUGUUGCAAAGUUCAUCAACACGCCCUACCCACUGGACAAGUACACUGUGAAGAACGAGAUCAACAUGAUGAACAACCUGCACCACCCCAAACUGCUCAACCUGAAGGACGCAUUCGAGGACAAGACAGAGAUGGUCCUCAUCCUGGAAUUUCUGGCUGGAGGAGAGCUGUUUGACCGUAUAGCGGCAGAGGAUUACAAGAUGUCUGAGGCAGAGGUGAUCAACUACAUGAUCCAGGUCUGCAAUGGCCUACAACACAUGCAUGAGAACAGCAUUGUACACCUAGACAUCAAGCCUGAGAAUGUGAUGUGUGAGACAAAGAAGAGCAACAAUGUGAAGAUCAUAGACUUUGGCCUGGCUACAAAACUGAACCCUGACGAGAUGGUGAAGGUGACAACUGCAACGGCGGAGUUUGCUGCUCCAGAGAUCGUGGAUCACGAGCCUGUGGGUUUCUACACCGACAUGUGGGCAGUGGGCGUCCUCGCAUAUGUACUGCUGAGUGGGUUGUCCCCCUUUGCGGGCGAGGACGACCUGGAGACCCUGGACAACGUCAGGUCGGGAGACUGGGAUUUCGAUACCGACGCCUUCGCCAAUGUUUCGGAAGAAGGCAAGGACUUUAUCAAGAAACUCCUAAUCAAACAACCCCAGGCCCGUAUGACAGUGCAUCAGUCAUUAGAACACCCAUGGCUAAAGGGAGACCACUCAGAUAGAACUCAUAGAAUUCCUUCCAGCAGAUACGACAAAAUACGGGCGAAAAUUCGUGAAAGAUACGCUGACUGGCCAAUGCCAAUGCCAGCUAUUGGUCGUAUCGCUAACUAUAGCUCCCUUAGAAAACAUAACCCGAAGGAAUAUUGUAUAUAUGAUGCAUAUUUCGAUCGCCGUGAAGCCAUUCCGAGAUUUAUUCGCAAGCCACGUACGUGCAAUGUUACAGAGGGACAGAUUGCCAAGUUUGACUGCAAAAUCAUCGCUGCCUCCCCUCCAAUCGUUACCUGGCACUUUGACAACGUCCAGCUGACCCAGAGCGUGAAGUACAUGCAGAAGUACAGAGGGAGGGAGUAUGAACUAAAGAUCAGCCGUGUGAAGAUGGAGGACAAAGGAGAGUAUGUCGUCAAGGCAGAGAACUCCUUUGGCAAGCGUGAAGAGCUUGGCAUUCUGAAGGUUGAUGCUGCCCCAGAACAACCCGCAAUAGACAGGGAUUACUCACGGAGCACCAGGCGUUCAUUUUCGGAGGUGAAGGAAUAUUCUCCCCCGGACCUUGAUCACAAGCCAGACAUCGACUUCAACCUGCGACCGCGUGUCAUCCAGUCCGGCGGAGAGUUUAAACUGUCCACUGUCGUCGAUGCCACACCACCACCUACUGUGACCUGGUAUAAGGAUGGUAGGGAGUUACAGUCCAACGACCACAUCAGCAUCCAGUACUUCCACGGUGUGUGCACGCUGGAGAUCUCCUCCGCUAAGGUAGAUGACACCGGUGUCUACAGGUGCCUUGCUAUCAACUCCCUCGGUGAAAAGGAAACCAGCAGCAAGGUCAUUGUGGAAGACCGUGCAGGCAGUGGAAAGUUGCGACGGGGCUCUUUGUCUCUCACCCCAAGCUCGUACAGUGUGUCCUCCACUCCUCGGGAGUCUAACUUGACAAGCUCCAACAUGUAUGACACCUCGUCAUACCAGACGACAUCAAGCUCGUAUUAUACUCCCAGUUACUCCACUUCUAGCUAUUCAUCCAUGGCUAGCCCCUUCUCCUCCCGCCGUAUGUCCAACCUAGCUAACAAGUACAGCAGCGACUCCAGCUACAAGUACAGCACAUUGAGUAGCCCCCGCUCUAGUGGAUUCGGUAGCUCUUACACUACGGACUAUUCACCAUCUAGGUCCUCGCGAUCAUCUAAAUAUGGCACCUCUUCCUACUCGACUGGAACGCGUCGCACAAAGCGAAGUGAGUCUGUUGCAUAAUGACUUGCCUAUCCUAGUCGAUGUUGUACAGUACUCCAGUCAUGUAGCGACACAAUAGACACUCUGUCACUAACUGCACACCCGCUGUAUGACCGUAACACAGUGCGCUACGUACAUAUAUGGCAGCUGCCAUAACCCAAGUGCUAUUCACGGUAACAAUGAACACUGUAACUUAACACUGAAUGUUGUGUAUGAGGAAUAGAAGUUUGUGUUUCAAUCUGAAAUCAUAAUAAUAAAGAACCUGUUAACAGUUACAUUUUGACUAUCAAUCGUUUGCCUUUUUUUGGAUUUGAUUUCAACAGGAAGCAGUUAUUAAUAAAUUAAGACUUGUUUUGCGUUCUUACUUUUGUAUAACUGUCAAAUCUAUGUAAAAUUAUGUGUAUAUCUUCUGUGCAAAGGAAUGUGGUUUAUAUGGCCCGGAUGUAUUAUUCAUUUGUUUGUUUUAUCAAUAACUAUUUAUUUGUCCAUUAUUAAUGGAGAUUAUGUGUGCUUCUAUAUGAAUGUUCACUGGUUAUCAAUAUAAAUUAAUUAGCUUGUUGUAGACUUUAAAUCUUUUGCAUUGCUCACAUCAUACUACCUUUAUAUGUAUAAUAAAGCUUACAAUACAUGGCAAUGUAGCACAUAUAGUCUAUAAUACAAAUACUACCUUGUGUAAUGUUAACAUAAUUUGUACAUGUGUGUAACUCGCUUUCUGAAUGUGCCAGUACUCCUCAACUAUAUGGUCAUGUAGUAUACCAUGUAUGACUGUAGCUUCUUCUGUAUAUAAUCAAGUACUGUAUAUAUGUUGACAAUGUCAAUUACUGUGAUACACACCUUUGCUUAGAACGGAAUGAAUUUUGAAAUCUCAGUUUUAUAAUAUUUUCAAUAUCCAUAGUUUAUUAGUUGAAAACUCUUCUUUAUCGAUUGUGGAAAUAAUCUUAGUAAUUAUUUUGAAUAUUUAUUGAUUAUGAUUAAAUUGUAUAUUGUGCAUGAAGGCAGAGACCCAAAUGUACAUGUCAGAUAACAUGUAAUUAAUAUGUUUCUGAUGUAGCUUAUGUUUUGAAUGAUAGAGGAGAGAAAUCAGAUGUUAUGGAGUUGCAAGUGACAAUGUUUUUGUUAAAAGUUAUCUGUUUUAACUGUUCCGUUGACACUGUUUCAUGUUCUGUACGGCCAUACUGUACACCCAUGAGCUUCCGUCCGUAGCCACGCCCGCUAGACACGUGUUAGACCACGCCCCCUAGAGGCGUCAUAGUCGUAUAUUCAUAUUGUAUGUUUUCCUGUCGAUGAGUUGGAAUCGAUUCAGGGAAAUGCGUACUGAGCCCCGUCCCAUAAGAGAAUGUGCAAUAUUUUAUUUAUUUACUUUUCUUGGAGAUACUUUGUUUGCGGUGUUUGACACGUGUUUUGUUUUUAAUAUUAAAAAUAAAGAAGAAAAAAAAACA